GACGUUAUCAAAAUAUGGGGAAGACAUAUCAGCUGAUUUAUAUUUUUUUUUAACAUUGAAUUAGCUUUUGUAAUAUAUAGAGAUAUUUCUAUUGAACUUUAUCUGUGAUAAUGCUUCAUUUUUAAUGCUUUCCUAUUGAUGUCGAAGCAAUGGAAAAAACAUACGUCCAGCACAUCAUUUGGUUUAUAAUAUUAAUAACGUUGAUACAACUUGUAUUUGGGUUUUUAGGUAACAAUAAACAUUCAUCUAAACCAAGGGAAGGACAUCAUCCGCCUUUAAAUAAUAUCGUAACCACUCAAGAUAUAAUUGCUGGAGACGUAUUCUUCGAAAUAACAGACCCGUAUUCUUUAGAGUACACGUAUAGGUUACGACCAGCUAAGAAUUUCGGAACUUCAUUUUCGAAACAAUUGGAGGAAGUUGCAUUAGUACCUACAAUACCAUCUAAUGGUUGUAAAAAACUAGAAAAUAAUCAUGCUGUACGCGGCAAUGUUGCACUAAUUGAUCGCGGGCAAUGUUCAUUUUUAACAAAAACUAUCAAUGCUGAAAAUGCUGGAGCAACCGCUGCUAUCAUUACAGAGUUUAAUAGUGAAUCAAAUGAAUUUGAUUAUUAUAUUGAAAUGAUACAUGACGAAACAAAUCGAGAUGCUCAAAUACCAGCAGGAUACUUACUUGGCAGCAAUGGCGUCGUUAUACGGAAUACCUUGCGCCGAUUAAAGAAAACAUUUGCUCGCAUCAACUUGCCAGUGAAUUUGACGUUUGUCCCACCUUCAAAAAUAAAUCACCCUCCCUGGUUAGGUUGGUAGAAAAUAAAACGAUAAAAAUUGUUUAAUAAUUAAAGCUUACAACCAAAGUGACUUAACGUUUUAUACAUAAGUAAAACAAUUGUUUAAAUUAAUAAACGUAAAUAAAUGAGUAACUGUCUUAUAAAAUAAGUACAAAUAGAAAAAAUUAUAAUUCGAUUGAUGUAUGUUGUAUGCUGAUGACAAUGCAAUAUUAUGUUCGAAAAUGUAAGUAAGUGUUUUCAAUGUAGUUUCAGAAUACAUAUAAGCUUUUUAAGAUAUGUCCGAAAAUUCGAAAUAUGUGCUCUAAAAGAAAGAAAAUAAAUUAAUAAAAAACAUUUUUGUGAAUCAUACGCUAAAAAUAAGAAAAUAAUCUUUAAAUUAAAUCAAACUAUUUGCUUCAUCUAAAAA